AAGGGAGGCCAAACUACUCUCUCCCCUGCCAAUAACACUUUCUAUCUCUAGAAUUUUAUAUAUUUUCUUCUUCAAGAGCUUGUAGCUCCACCAUUAAUGGCUUUUGAGCCCAUUUCAUGUAUCAUGUACACACCCCCGAUAUUAAUAAAAACCCCCGUUGGCAAGGUACCGGCAAAAAAGGCCCGUGGUUUUCUCCCGAUUUGGGUUUCCACGUCAAAAUUCCUGUGUUUAUAUUUUGAUGUAUUUUUUAAACUAGUUUAUCGUUUUUGCCCAGCUAAAAAUGAUAUACCGGUCGAUAAUUUACACCAUCAUUUUGGCGCCGACCGUGGGACCCUAGCAAAAAGCUGUGUUCUACCAUCUUCCUCAACCUCACAAUUAUGCCAAUCGAAGCAAAAAAAGGAAGGGGGAGAGUAACAUAUGAAGGGGUUACUCCACUAAUGCAAAAAAAGAAGAGAAAAUACAGGGUAGAAUAGAAAAAGAGAAAGAUUGAGAGAGCUGUCAUCCAUCUGUUCAAAUAUCGAAGGAUGGAGUGAUUCAUUUCCUUGUGGCCGCCGUUCGUCAAAUAGAUGACCACAAGCCGCCGUCCAGGUCUAACACUGGAGAUCCACGCGCUGCUGCUUAAAUUUUUUGUAGCCGUAGCUGCUGGAAGUCUCUUCUCACCACGGCGAAGCCGUUACAAAGCCGUAGCUGCUGGUCGUUCUAUAACGGCGAAGCCAUUACAAAGUCGUACCGCAACAAUCGUUGACUCUUGGACCGUCAUCUCUAAUCGCCCCCCACGAAGGACUUAAAUUGGUCCGUUGCUCUAGCUAGAUCUGCUGCCCCUAUUGACACCACGGACUGCCGGUGUAUUUUCUCAGAUUCGCAACGCCACCACCGCUGAACUUUCCAUUGUCGCUGUCGCCGGUGGAAAGCUCCGUCUAGUUUUCCUAAUGGUUGAAGCCUUGCAAAUUGCUACCCAUAAAGUAGCUAUCCAAAAGAUGAUGGGCUUUGGGAAGAAGACAACCACACUGCCGGGGGCAAUUUGCUUUUGCUGGCGCCAAAGUUAGCCAUUACUCUGACCGAGAGCAAGCGAAUCACUUCCGUCGACGAAGUCUGUCACCACCGUCGCCAUUAGAUCUGCCGUCAUCGCCUGCACGCCAUAGGCCGGUGGUCAUCAGUGGUGCCGCCGAAGUCCGUUGUAGCCAAAAUCUGCCACUACCGAAAUCUGGUCUCUUGAACGUCAGAUCUGCGGCCGCCACUUUGCUUUCCCUCGGAGCAAGACCAUGCUCUGCCGCUGCUUUAAAAUGGCCACCAAGAGUGAUUUGUUAUCACCAAAUCCAAAACGAAAGGGGGUAAUCUUCUAAGACGCACAACGAGCUUGGAGCCGACUUAGACUUUUGCCUCCCUGAAGAACGGCCGCCGACAUGAUCGCCCUUCGGAGGUUGUGUUUCCGCUAGACCCCAUCCCAGAUUCCUUCUCGCCGUGGCCCUGCUGCUCAAAUGUUGUCCAUCAAAGGUGUUGAUGCCGAUGAACGACGUACCAGUUCCUCCGAGAAGACAAUAGCCGCAAGAUGAAUUUCACUCUCAAAAGAGUCCAAGGGCAAAAGGUUAAAGGAGGUGGGAAACUUGAGAUGAUGCACGAUGAUAUGGGCCCACCAUUAUUUAAAUGGGAAAAAGUGCAAUCCACUUUGCUUUUAAUCACAAGGGAUGGAGGAGUUCACGUGAAAGAUGGCCUAUGGGUCAUUUCAAAAAUCAAACAAUGCUCUCACUUUUGAAAUAAGUGAAUGAGGGAUCAUAAUUGAUCCGUAUUUCACAUGUGUGGGCCAUGGAUAUCCCUUGAAUUCACUACCCACCUUUCAAAGAAAAAUGGGCCAAAGACCAAGUCACGUGAAUUUUUACAAAGGAAAGUGUGUAAUAUGAGCUGUACCAGCUAGAAGGCAAAAGAGAUGGUCCUCCAAAAUAUCAUUGCCAUAAACAAAUUAUUGAUCUUCCAUAAUCUUGAAGGGAAGACUGAGACACAGGCUCGGACCUGGUACGCUGGUUACUACACCGGUCUUGCUCAGUAUAAAUAAAAAAAAAGAGAAAACCCAGAAGAGGGCCCCGGAAGAGGGGUAUGCCUGCAAAAGGGCUAGACCUGGAAGAGGGUUCGAACCGUACUUACACGGGCCCAUGAGGUUUAACCGGUAUCGGGGAUUCAGUCGAAACUGUCAAGCUGAUUGGGGACUAAAAGAUUCCCAUUAAAAGAAAUAGAACAGGAUCGUUCACCGCAAUGCAUCCUACUCCGACCGGAUCGGAUUCCCCCUUCUCAGGGAAGACUUGAACGGGAGGGUGAGCUAAGGCCUUCCCGGAAUAGUAAACAUCAAAGGGCCAUUAAAAGACUUAAUCACCUAGAAGAGGGGCCCCUGAAAGAAGGGUGCAUUUUGGGCCUUGGAGAGGGCUCGAAACCAUCCGACAUGGUUAAUUCUCCAAUGUUGAUCUGGCCCGGCCAACAGCAUUAUCUUAUAGGAAGACUGAGACACAGGCCUGGCCUGACACGCUGGUUACUACACCGGUCUUGCUCAGUAUAAUAAAGAAAAUAUGUGACCCAGUCGAACUGGUACACUGGUCUCACACCAGUCUUGCACAUAUUUUUCAAUGAGCCUGAGCCCAAUCGAAUUGGGUACACCGGUUGCACAUCGGUUUCAGCAAAAAAGUGAGCUCAGCUCAUAUCGGGGACGCCCGAUUCAUUCUAAGCCCUAUGUCUGAGGCACUUUUAUCGAAGAUGGUCUCCACGAGACAUGAAGAUAUUUACAUCAGUCAGCCAAGCUAACACUUAUCUUCAACAGAGCUACGACAUCGUAUUCAAAUUCUUAUUAACUAACAUCGUUGUCAUCGGUAUACUAAUUUCGUCACGCAUUGUUUGCUUGAUUCGUAUUAACACCGACCUCGACGAAAUAACUUUUUGAAGCACCGUUGCUUCAUCGAACUAACAUCGCUCUCGUUACGAUAAUUAUUCACGCGAAUUUUAAUCACCUAACACCAAGCUCCUCGGUAAAAAUAUUAAUUUUUUGAGCACGGCAUAGGCCAGUCAAAAAAAAUGUUGUACAUAUUAUUUUUUUUGCAGGAAAAACUUCUGAUUCAAGAAAUUAGAGAAUUAAUGAAGACUCGGAGGACUAGCAAUAUUAUCAACCGGCCAAGAAUCUAAAAUACGAAAACUGAAGAUAGCACUCGGAGGACUUAUUUACUUUUUUAAGUUGAUGAUUCUCACAACUUAAAAAAGUGGAGCACUUCUUGAUGGGAAAUAAUACGUGGCUCGGCGCACAUUUCCCAAUUAUUUACGAAGAACAGUCAAACCGAGCCUAUUUAAUAAAAUGGAGGAGUAAUAGAAUAUUCCUCCGUAGAUGCUCCAGCUACUCCUAUAAAAGAAGGGCUCCCCCUCAAUGUUAAGGGAGGCCAAACUCACUCUCUCCCCUGCCAAUAACACUUUCUAUCUCUAGAAUUUUAUAUAUUUUCUUUUUCAAGAGCUUGUAGCUCCACCAUUAAUGGCUUCUAAGCCCAUUUCAUGUAUCGUGUACACACCCUCGAUAUUAAUAAAAAACCCCCGUUGGCAAGGUACCGGCAAAAAAGGUCCGUGGUUUUC